UUACACGGCCAUCAUGCCGGUGAUAAUAAAUAAAUUGGAUUAUUUUUUAAGAGUGCACUUAUGGUACUUAGAGAUAUUAAUAAUCAAGUAUACUUAUUUAAUGUAAAUAAUGGUUUUAAAUUGUAAACGUAAACCAUAAUGAGAUGGGCAACUCUGAGCAUAUUACAUUUUCAAAUAACUGCGAAGUUAGCUGCGAAGUUUUUAAGACAACAUUCUGGUUUAUUUUGCGCUAAGUUGUAUGUUAAACUAUACCGUGAAAAAUAUAUUCAAUUAUUAAUGUGUGCAAAUGGAGAAAACUUUUCAUCCAACUUCGACCGCUGCAAGUUGAAUGACACAUGUCUCUGGAGUCCUAGUGAAUUAGUAAGUAGCUGUCAUAAAGCGAAUGAUAACUAUGCCUGCAUCGUACUGAACCAAUCACUCCACUUGCCGACCGAUAUUGCAAAAAAUAUAUGGCAAAAUGCUAAAAUACGUUGUUUAGUAGACGGUGGUGCAAAUUGUUGGAAAGAAUUUAUACACAAGUCAAAUGAAAGCCUAAAUCUUCCGGAAUAUAUAACAGGAGAUUUUGAUUCAAUUACGCAAGAAACAAGGAAAUAUUUUAAUUCUCCGGAUAUUAAGUACCAACAUACACCUGAUCAGAAUGAAACCGAUUUUACAAAAGCGGUGCGGUUUUUACAGCCCCAGUUGAAAGCAAAUGACAUUCAUAAGGUUAUUGUAUUCCAAGAAACUACAGGACGUCUGGAUCACAUUAUGGCCAAUAUUAACACAUUACAUAAGCUCCAAAGCGAUAUCCUAAGCAUUUAUCUCUUGAGUAGUUCGUCUUUAAGCUGGUUACUUUUGCCGGGUAAACAUAAAAUUAUAGUUCCAAAGGAACUGGUCGACUGCCAACAUUGGUGUGCAUUAAUACCUAUUGGCAGUAAAGCGGAUAAAGUAACUACUAGAGGAUUAAAGUGGAAUCUAACACAAUCUCCUUUGGAAUUCGGUUUUAUGGUAAGCACAUCAAACACAUAUGCAUCUAAAGAAGUUUAUGUCAAUACGGAUAGUAGCUUAAUUUGGUCUAUGGGAUUGUGGGCGGAGGACAAGCAAUAAUAGUACUUAUAUAAGAAACAACCAUUAGUUUGUACUGCUUCUACUUAUGUUGAUAAUUGUUAUGUUUUAUAUAAGUUAAUGUUAUUGUAAAAUAGUCGAAUGGAGGCGAGUCUACACCUUGACUUUGUUAAAAUAAUAUAUUUUUCUAUUUAAUGUAUGUAUGUAUAUAGGAAGAGGUUAAAAUAGUAGACUUGUUCUUAAAAUGUAUUAGUAAAUAACAAAAUGAUCUAGUGAUCUAUCUGUCAUGGACGGCUUUAUACUUAUAUAUAUAUAUAUGUAAAUAUAUGCACAUAAAAAAAUUCAAACACAAGUAGUUAAUAAAAAUCAUGAUUACAAUCAAUCAA